AUGGCCAACACAGAAAGUAUGAGGGAGAUAGGGCAAUACUUCGGAAUUGGGAAAUCGACCGUACACAUCACAUUGGAGCGUGUUACUGAGGCUGUCGUCGACCUUUUAAAGGUGAUCAAAUGGCCUGAUUUUCCCACUCAGCUCCAGAUUGCCAAGGACAUCCAUCUACCGUAUGGUCUACCAGAUAUUGUUGUGGUGGAUCAGGAUCUGUUAAUAACUAACUGUUACACAGGAUGGGCUGGAUGCGCCCAUGAUGCUCGUGUUCUGAGAAAUUCCAGUCUAUAUGAGAAAGCAGAAGCGGGGGGAUGCAUUAUUCCAGGCAAAGUCAUAGUAGCGGACAGUGCUUACCCACUUAAGGACUGGCUAGUGACACCAUUUAAGGACAACGGUCAUCUCAACCACAAUCAGCGCCGAUUUAAUCGCAUCCUUUCCUCUGGGCGACAGAUAGGUGAGAGGGCAAUUGGUCAUAUCAAGGGCAGAUUUAGGAGACUGCAGGAAAUACCUGUCCAUGAGCCCAGAUUUAUUGUGUCACUGAUCACAUGUGGGUGUAUUAUGCACAAUCUGUGUAUUAUCAGCCAUGAUAAUUUAGAUACCUAUAUGAACUAUGAUGAUGAUAAUAAUCAUCCGAACAAUUUUCCAAACAUUUUUCAGAAUGAUGUUGGUGGCGUAGCUAGGAGACAAAUACUUAUGAAUGCCAUGAACUAGGAUUUAUAGCGGAUGCUAUACCCAGAAUUAUGAAUUCUAGUUUUAAGGAAGAAUGCGGGCGAACAUAUUUUAUUCUGGUCAUCUCAAUUUAACAUUGCUUUUUGCAGACAUUGGUUAUAUAUUGA